AUGGAAAAUGAAACAAGCAUCGAAAAGAAAGAAGCAUCAAUCCUUCAUGAUCCUCAACAUGGUCAAGCAAAAGAUCUCUAUUGGGCAUGUCGAAAAGGAGAUAUCGACGCUGUUCAACACAUUCUUUCAUCAACUCCCUAUACUGAUAUCAAUUGUCUUGAACAGAAUGGAAGUACAACAUUACAUGCAGCUUGUUUCUUUGGUCAUAGUGACAUUGUUCCACUCCUUCUUCAUCAACAUGGUGUCAUGAGAUAUUGA